GUCAGGUCAAAGGUCAUGCGGCAGUAGCACAUGUGUAGACCUGCGUUUGUGGACGCUUUUCUCUCGGCACUUUUCUUGGGGAUGCUUGAGGAUCUUACAGUAGGUAGGUUUCUUUAGGAGCGUUCAGAACUGACCAUCGCGUAAAGGAGAAAUCGUUGUUAAGCAGUACUCUGCUAUUUGUAGAGGAAAAGCACUGUUGUUGUGGACCUUAUACUAAAGCUAACCAAAGAUGGUACUGAAGAAGGUAGACAACAGGAUCCGUGUGCUGAUAGAGAAUGGUGUGGUACAGCAUCACAGGGGCCUGUUUGUCAUAGUGGGCGACAAGGGCAAGGACCAGGUAGUGAUCCUGCACCACAUGCUGUCUAAGGCACAAGUCAAGGCUCGGCCGUCUGUUUUAUGGUGUUACAAGAAAGAGCUUGGGUUCAGCACUCAUCGUAAAAAAAGGAUGAAACAGCUUCAAAAGAAGAUCAGGAAUGGAACCCUGGAUGUGAAGGAAGACGACCCAUUUGAACUGUUCAUAGCUGCCACAAAUGUCCGCUACUGUUACUAUGCUGAGACCCACAAGAUUCUGGGAAACACAUACGGCAUGUGUGUGUUACAGGACUUUGAAGCACUGACACCCAACCUGUUGUGCAGAACUAUUGAAACAGUGGAGGGUGGGGGCAUUGCCUGCCUGCUGCUCAGGAGUAUGAACUCACUCAGACAGCUGUACACCAUGGCUAUGGAUGUACAUUCCCGAUACAGAACAGAGGCACACAGAGAUGUGGUGGGCAGAUUCAAUGAAAGGUUUCUGCUGUCCCUGUCGUCCUGUGAGACCUGUAUGGUGAUAGAUGAUCAGCUGAACAUCCUCCCCAUCUCCUCACAUAUCCUCAACAUCUCAGCUGUACCAUCCAGGUCAAAGGAGGACUCCCUGAGCCCUGCAGAGGUGGAACUGAAAGGCCUGAAGGAGUCCCUGCAGGACACUCAGCCUGUGGGCUCGCUGGUCAACUGCUGCAAGACUCUGGACCAGGCCAAGGCUUUACUGAAGUUUAUAGAGGCCAUCUCAGAGAAGACAUUGAGGAGCACGGUUGCCAUGACAGCAGCCAGAGGGAGGGGCAAGUCAGCAGCACUGGGACUGGCUAUAGCAGGGGCUGUGGCAUUCAGCUACUCCAACAUCUUUGUGACAUCUCCCAGCCCUGAGAACCUGAACACACUGUUUGAGUUUGUCUUUAAGGGAUUCGAUGCCCUGGACUACCAGGAACACAUGGACUAUGAGCUUGUCCAGUCUACAAACCCUGACUUCCACAAGGCUGUGGUCAGAGUCAACAUCUACAGAGAACACAGACAGACCAUACAGUACCUCCACCCCAGCGAUGCCCAGAAGCUGGGUCAGGCAGAGCUGGUAGUGAUUGACGAGGCGGCUGCCAUCCCCCUCCCCCUGGUGAAGAGCCUCAUGGGACCUUACCUGGUCUUCAUGGCUUCUACUGUCAAUGGAUAUGAGGGCACAGGUAGGUCCCUUUCCCUGAAGCUGAUUCAGCAGCUCAGACAACAGAAUGCGACCUUCGGUGGUAACGCAGAGGCUAAAGCAGCUGCUGCCAUGGCAACCAAGACGGAAGGCGGGGCCAGUGCUACAGGCCGGACCCUGCAUGAGCUGGUGUUGAGUGAGUCCAUCCGUUACGCCAGCGGGGACCCGGUGGAGGCCUGGCUGAACCGUCUGCUGUGUCUGGAUGUGUCCAGUGUUCCCAGGGUGCACUCUGGCUGUCCCAUCCCAGCCAGCUGUGACCUAUACUAUGUGAACAGAGACACCUUGUUCUGUUACCACAAGGCUUCUGAGGCCUUUCUACAGAGGAUCAUGUCCAUAUAUGUUUCUGCACACUACAAGAACACCCCUAAUGACCUCCAGAUGCUGUCAGAUGCUCCAGCUCACCACCUGUUUGUGCUGCUGCCACCUGUGAACCCUGACCAAUCAGCACUGCCGGAAGUACUUUGUGUAGUACAGGUGUGCUUGGAGGGAGAGAUCUCCAAACAGAACAUCAUGUCAGGUCUGAGUCGUGGCAAGAGGGCAUCAGGUGACCUCAUACCCUGGACGGUGUCCCAGCAGUUCCAGGACACAGAGUUUGCCAGUCUGUCUGGUGGCAGGGUGGUCAGAAUAGCUACACAUCCAGAUUAUCAAGGGAUGGGAUAUGGGAUGCGAGCCCUGCAGCAGCUGGACAUGUACUACCAGGGGAAGAUCCCCAGUCUGGCUGAGGACACAGGCACGGCACAGGGCCUGCCUGCUGUGGACAAGGAGACUGUGUCCCUGCUGGAGGAGAAACUCGGACCCAGGAAGAACCUGCCCCCUCUGCUGUCCAAACUGAGCGAGAGACAGGCAGAGAGGCUGGACUAUCUGGGCGUGUCCUAUGGGCUGACUGCACCCCUGCUCAAGUUCUGGAAGAAAGCAGGAUAUGCUCCAGUCUACCUGAGGCAGACUCCUAAUGACCUGACAGGUGAACACUCCUGUAUCAUGUUGAAGAGGAUACAAGAAGAAGAUGAGGAGCAGGAUACAGACUGGCUGUCUGCCUUCUGGACAGACUUCCGGCGGCGUUUCCUGUCCCUGCUGUCGUAUCAGUUCCGCACCUUCCAGCCCUCCCUCAGCCUCAGCAUUCUGCAGGCUAAGAAAGGUGUCAAGGCUAACACAGCUGUCCUUACCCUGGGGGAUCUGUACGCCCAUCUGACCCAGUAUGACCUGAAGAGACUGGACCUGUACUCCAGGUACAUGGUGGACUAUCACCUGAUCAUGGACCUGCUGCCUGCCCUGGCCAGGAUGUACUUCCUACAGAAACUGGACAUGUCUCUGUCUGUAGCACAGUCGGCUAUCCUGCUCGGGUUGGGACUACAGCACAAGACAGUAGAUGACCUGGAGAAGGUGCUGGAACUGCCAGCCUCUCAGGUGAUGGGCCUCUUCAACAGGCUGGUCAGGAAGAUUGUACAGUUCCUGAGCAGUAUUGAGGAGCAGGCUGUUGAAAGUGAACUCCUGGCACCCAAAGAAGUAGUGAUGGAGCCAACAGCACAGUCCCUGCAGACUGAACUGGCAGAGGCAGCAAAGGAGUUUGAGGACAAGCAGAAGAAAGAACUGAAAAAACUCAAGGAUCUGGACCUUGAAAAAUAUGUUAUCAAGGGAUCUGAGACAGAGUGGGAGUCAGCACUGACCAGUGGGCUGAAGAGUGGGGUGGUCAGUGUGGCCAGUGGAAAGAAGCGAAAAGAAGAGGCAGCACCCACACCAGAGCCAACAAAGAAGAAAUCCAAGAAAUUCAAGAAAGAUAAGAAGUUCAAAAAGACUUGAUUUGUAUGAGUUAACUGUUUUGACUUUUGUGUCAGGCCAAACUGAUUGAAUUGUCGUGCCCUUUUUGGAUUAAGACUGACACAAUAGCAUUGUGCUGACCAUAUUCCUUUUAUGUCAAUGGUCUGGUUGUUUUUAAUAUAUCUUGUAUCAUCAGGCAUUGUUAAGUUCAGUAAUGACUCAACAGUAUCCCAUACUUCAAGGUAUAUCCUUUAUUGAAAGAAGUCACUUGAUUACAAAAAUAUCUGUGUAACCUUACUGAAAACAGCUUACAUCAAGAUAGCUCCAUGGGCAUCGGUCUUCAAAACUGCCAGGUGAGGCGGUAAUAUUUAUUUGUGAAUUUACUUUGGAAACAUGUCUGACACACUGCAUUCCUCAAAGUUCAAUUACAUUGUAAUUAAAAGUUAGAGUCUUGUCAGCUUUGCUAUAAAAGCGGGGUACUUGUACAAUGUAGGUAGGAUAACAAGGUAAAAUAACAGUUUGCAAAUUUAUAGUGGCCGGAAACAUAGUGUACACAUGUACAUUUUCUGCUUAUGAUGCUAUGUAUAUCUUAAUGAUUUCCUAGAUGAUUUGGCAUUCAAAAACUGAGGUUGGAUAUCACAACACUGUCCCAAAAAAUGAGACUCACUGUGAAAAACUGACUUGCAUGUACAUGUACAAUACUCGCUGGUCAAAAUGCUACAAUCAGUUUUUAAUAAAAAUCUGGGAUGAAACAGAAUUACUACAGUAA